AUGGCACAACCCACAUUAUACCCACUUUACAAAGAAAUAUUCCCACCAACAGUGGUAGAACAUGUAAUAUGCGCGAACUUCACGGGAGCAGACGUUAAAAACUUGAUAAUAGCGAAAGCAUCUGUAUUGCAAAUUUAUAAAUUCGUUGAAGACGAUUUUGUUACUGUUCUUGGUAGUGGUGAAAGUGUUAGCGCUAGUAAUGUCAACGAAGGCAAUAAGAGUGAUGGCGUUGAAAUUAGUGGUGCUGCUGCCAGUGACUCAGUGGCUCCCUCUGUUUCUUCUGGAGUAGUUGUUACUGCUGCUCAAGAAGAAAUGGAGGGAAUAAAAGAGAAUGAAAUGAAGCAACCAAAUAUUAAUAAUAAUAAUGACAACGAAAAGAAGGAAAAAGGGAACGAGGGUCACGUGUCUAAUGCUGCCACUGCUGAAACGCCUACUACUUUUCAGUCAAAAACUACCAUGAUAUCGAUGAGCGCACAUCUAGAACUUAUUGCACAGUAUAAACUUCAUGGUAAUAUUGCUUCGAUGGGAAUUGUGAAGACAAUAACGUCGGCUGCAAAAGGAUUGGACAGUCUGAUCUUGAGUUUCAAGGAUGCAAAGAUGUCGUUGUUAGAAUUUUCGUUGGCUACUAAUAGCGUAGUCACCGUUUCUAUACAUUAUUAUGAAAGGGAUGAACUUAAGCGCGAAUUCUUAUCCAAUCCGUGUCCAACAGAGCUUCGGGUUGACCCAUCAAAUCGUUGUGCCAUAUUAAAUUUCUAUUGUGAUCGAUUAGCGAUUCUUCCUUUUCGACAGGAAGAAUCUUUGCAUUUAGAUGAAGAAGAAGUGGCCAGUAAGUGGCCGUAUUUACCUAGUUUUGUGGUGGAUCUGACGACCAUACAUCCGAGGCUCAAGAAUAUGAUCGAUAUGGAAUUCUUGAAUGAUUAUUAUGAACCAACUUUAGCUAUACUUUUUGAACCAAUUCAAACUUGGCCAGGGAAAUUAUUAUCAAAAAAAGAUUCAUGUUCUUUAGUAGUAGUCUCGAUUGAUCUUUCACAAAAACUAUAUCCAAUAAUCUAUUCAAUGGACAAACUUCCACAUUCUUGUGUGAAAUUAGUCCCAAUCCCAAAACCAGUUGGUGGAAUAUUAAUAAUAACGGCAAACUCAUUAAUUCACGUGAAUCAAACCUCGUUAUUCGGAGUUGCUGUGAACGGAUAUGCAUCAUCAGCGACAGACAUCCCACUGGAUUAUUCACAAGAACAUUUUGGGUUAAGUUUGGAGGGAUCACAGUAUGUCGUUCUUGAUUCGCAGAGAGUUCUACUCUGCUUGCGGAAUGGUAAUCUGUAUUUAGUUGAGCUGCAAUUAGAAGGAAGACAGGUUUCCGGGAUAAAAAUCUAUGAAGCUGGGUCAUCUACUUUGCCAUCUUGUGCUUGUCGGAUAAAUGAUCGAUAUCUCUUUUUAGGCUCAAGAUUAGGUGAUUCUUACUUGAUGCAAUAUAAAAUAGCACAGGUAGAUGAAGAGAGAAUGAUUGAAAAAUCGAAGGACUAUAAUCAGACUACGAAAAAACAUGAGGCGAUGGAAACAGAGAACACAAAAAAAGAGGAAGAAUCAUUUAAUGGCAUUGACGUAAAAGUGUGUGAUACUCUGCUCAACGUUGGACCUAUUUCUGAUAUGGUUUAUGGUGAGCCAGUAUAUCCUGAGGGUUUCGAUAAUAGUCUACGCAAAGAACUGGAAUUGGUAAUGUGCUCUGGAGACGGAAAAAUGGGUGCUCUUUAUGUGUUUCAUCGUAAUAUUAGUCCACGACUAAUUAGCACCUUCAGGCUAGAUCAAUGUCAAAAUAUGUGGACAGUAAACUGUCGUAGAGAAAAUCAAUUCGAGGGAGUAAAUAUUGAGCCGGGGGAACACAUAUUGCAAGAGGAGGAAAACUCGUUUGAUAAAUAUCUCUUUAUUUCUUUGGAUGUACGAACUAUGGUACUAGCAAUAGGCGAAAAUCUUCAGGAACUUGAACAUUCCGAAUUUUAUGCUGAUGGACCUUCUAUCGCAGUUGGUACUUUGUUGAAUGAUUUACGAAUUGUGCAAGUGUAUUCUGGUGGAAUAUAUUUAUUGGAUGCUGAUUGUAAAUUGACACAGUUUCUACCAAUAGAAGAGGAAGAAGAUCCUCCUAAAGAAUCAUCUUUUUCAUCAAUUGAUAUUCCCAUACAGUCAUGCUGUAUUUACAAAGAUGAUACUGGUACAUUUGCAACAAUACAAGAAAUAAAAAAAAUAAUACCACAGAGACCAAUAAAGAGGAAAAGAAGGGAUGAAACGCAAGCUAAAGAAAAAAAAGAAGAGGAAGCGAAAAGGAAGAAAGAACAGGAUCAUACUCAAAAGAAUAUGGAAAUGGCUGCUACGAACACUUUAUCAUCAUUAUCUUCUUCUUUACCAAUAGACAUUGAUGAUCAAAUUGAUAAAGAACUUUAUGGUGAUGCGGAAGAUCCUGCUGAUCACUUACCCAAUGAAGAAGAACAACACAAAGAACGAGGUGGAACUGGAGAUGACGGGCAAGAAGGAAAAGUUAAAGAUGAUGAUAAUAUGGAUAUUGAAGUUGAAAGUAAUAACCAACAAGUGCAACAAGAAACUGAGCAAGAACAAGCAAAAGAUGAUCAAAAUCGAGAAACAACUUCUUUUGUCAAUAUUCCGGUCAACACUACUACUUAUUGGUGUACGUUACACAGGAAUGAUGGAUCUUUGGAGAUUUAUAAAUUACCAGAAUUUGAACAAGUGUUUUACAGUCCACAUUUUGAUUUAUCGCCAGCUUGUUUAUCAGACGCGGUCAUUCGUCAAACAUUAAAAACACCGACAUCUUCGAAUGAGGUCAAUGAGAUGACAAUGAUGAAUAUGGGUGCAAAAAUAAAACAUCCUUAUAUUAUAUCACGUUCGCAUACAGGCGAUAUUGUGAUCUAUCGAGCAUUUAGAUACAUGCCCAGUGAUGAGCCUUCGUCCGAAACUACCACCACAUUGAAUGUUCCUAAUUUAGAAGAAUACCCGACACGACUAGCACUACGAUUUUCGCGAGUACCUCAUGAAUAUGUCACCCGCGAACCAAUUCAUAGUGAUAUUCACGAUAAACCAGUAGAUAUGAAUGGCUCAUCAACAUCGAUCCAUCCCGAUGAAGAUGACGAAGAAUACGAUCCAACAUCGUCAUCUCCAUCGUUGAAAAAACGUCGGUCAUUUCAAUUGGUGACAUUUAAUAAUAUAGCUGGAUAUGCGGGUGUAUUUCUGUCUGGUGUGAAACCAGCUUGGUUGAUUUGCUCGGGAAAGAGCUAUCUAAGAUUUCAUCCGAUGGUUACUGAUGGUGGUGUUAAAUGCUUUACGCAAUUUCAUAAUGUUAAUUGUCAACAUGGAUUUUUGUAUGCUAAUCGGAAAGAUUCCUGUCGAAUGUCGGAGUUACCUUCAGAUUUAUCUUACGAUAUGGAAUGGGCAUUGAGAAAAGUUCAUCUCGGUCGAACUGUGCAUGAAGUUGAAUAUCAUCCAGAAAUGCAAGUAUAUGUCACUAUGACAUCCAGACCUAUUCCUUUUCAUAUACGAGAUGAAAAUGGUGAUCCGAUUGACGGAGAGCAUGAUCCUGCACAUUUCUGUCCUGACACUUAUCGAUAUUUUCUCGAAUUGCUAUCACCAGUUACAUGGGAGACUGUUGAUUAUCAUGAAUUCAAUGAAGAUGAGCAAGGGCUCUGUGUCAAAUGUGUAAAUCUGCAUACAAAAUCAACAGCAAGUGGUCGAAAAUCAUUUGUCGCUGUAGGCACAGGAUACUUUAGAGGAGAAGAUCCAGACAAUCCUCAAACAAAUCACAAAUAUAAAAUGCUAUGUUUUGAAGAUACUAAAGGCUCGGUGACCGCGAUAUGUGACGUGAAUGGAUAUUUGUUGACUUGCGUUGGACCAAAAAUUUUCAUCCGCGCCUUUGAAGAUAACGAUCGACUAAUAAGUGUCGCCUUUAUCGAUAUCCAAAUAUAUGUAAAUAGUGUGGUGUCAAUCAAGGACUUUAUAUUGGUGGGUGAUGUGUAUAAGAGUAUUUGGUUUUUAGGGUUUCAGGAGGAACCUGCGAAAUUAGCAUUACUCGGUAAAGAUCCUCACGAUUUGGAAGUAGUUACCGCGAACUUUAUGCUUGAUAAAAAGAUGUUAUAUUUUGUUGUGUCGGAUGUUGAUAAAAAUGUACAUUUAUUUCAGUAUGCUCCAUAUAAUCUUCAAUCAUCUUCUGGCCAACGACUGUUAAAACGGGGAGAUUUUCAUGUAGGAUCCCAGGUGAAGGCGAUGCUAAUGAUGCCUCAUCGUGAAGUAUCACGACGUGAAGCUGACCUUGAAAAGGAUCGGGAAAGCGGCCGUAAUGAAGAUGAUUAUUCUGAUUGGGAGGCGAUAAAAAGACUAUGUCUGUGCGGCACUUUGGAUGGAAGUAUAGGAAUCGUUACUCCGAUCCCAGAAAGAAUGUACAAACGAAUGCUUCCCCUCUAUUCUCAGUUAGUUAAUGGGAUACAGCAUCCAGCCGGACUCAACCCAAAAGCGUACAGAUUGCGCAUGAACCCUGCAAAAGGAGUGCUAGACGGCGAUCUUUUAUUCCAGUUUUUGAAUUUGUCGUUGAAUCGACAACGUGAGAUGACGAAACAGAUUGGAACUAAUCUUGAAAGACUAAUGGACGAUUUUUUGUCGCUGCAGAUUUCUUGUGAUUAUUUUUAG